AUGGACAAAUUGGUAGAAAUCAAAUCAUACUUACCCUGCCAGAUAGUAACCACAGUUUACACCAGAGAACCAUUACAAAUGUAUAUCCUAUUAGACAAUCCAUUCGACGAAGUUCGCAUAGAUUUUGCAUACGCAAAAGGUGAAACGCUACUUCUACUCAUUGACGACUAUUCACGAUAUCCAUUUGUAGAACCAAUAUCGUCAACUGCUGCACGUUGUGUCAUACCAAAGCUCAACUACUUAUUCGCGAUGUUUGGCACUCCCGGAAUUCUCAAAUCUGAUAAUGGCCCACCAUUCAACGUUGAGGAAUUUGAGAAAUUUGUUUCGAUACUAGGACUGAGACAUCGUAAGGUAACUCCACUAUGGCCUAGAGCCAAUGGAGAAGAAGAACGAUUUGUUAAAACGUUGAAGAAGUCAAUGAAAGCAUCAAAAACAGAAGGAAUGAAUUGGAGAAAAGAACUGCAAAUGUUUCUACAAAACUACCGCACAACCCCUCAUGCUACAACCAGUGUAUCACCCGUAACAUUGUUUCUGAAACGUAUCAUAUGCAACAAGCUUCCUCAAACAAAUGAUAUCGACCCAGCAUCAGAAAUCGUACGUAAAUAUGAUUCACUGUAG